CAGUCUCUUGGGUGUCAUUCCACUCCUGACCAGCAGGCGGCAGCAUAGAGAAAAACGGUUUGGUAUUUACAAGCUGUUGGGCUCUCUUCAGAGGACGUUGUCGUCCUUCAGUCUUCCGGUUCCCCCACGCAGCAUGGCGAACUUAAAGCAUGUAGCAGACAACUCUAAACAUGGGAAAAUGUCCGCUGAAAUCACCGCUGAAGCUCAGCCGGCUGAAGUGCCUUUUGUACAGCACAGAGACGGCGGACCGGUCCCGUGCUCGGUCCCGUCGUUCGCUGCUGCCUCCGAGCUGCUGUCAGCUCCGUACUCGUGUCUGGUCAUGAACACGCACAGGAGGCACAUCGCUUUACCACCAGUGUACCUGAACAAGAAGAGGACGGGUAUUAAAGAGGAGCUGGAGACUGAGAUGCUGAAAUUUUCUCAGAGUUUAAAAGGAGUGCCCAUGGCGUACGAUGAUAUCAGGAUAGUAGGCCAGCAUGGAAACAUAUAUGACGACAGCGGCUACAUCCACAUGGAAAUAGAAGCCAACUUUAUCGUUUUUCAGCCCCAAAAAGGACAGAAGUUGUUGGGUAAGGUGAAUAAACUGGGAAUGAGCCAUGUAGGCUGCCUAGUGCACGGCUGCUUCAAUGCCAGCAUCCCCAAACCCAACCUGGUUUCCAUGGAAACCUGGCGGGACGCAGGGCCCAGAAUUGAUACAGACCUGGAGUUUGAGGUGACGGCGCUCGAUGCUGACAUGUUUGGGGUGCUGCUGAUCAGGGGGCGCCUGAACAGGACCAGGGUUCAGGAGCUGCUGGCUUUGAAUGAGAGCUCAGAGUCCAACGUAACCACGGACCAACCAGAACCAGCACAAUCAGACCUGAGACCAGAACCAGCAGAAUCAGACCUGAGACUAGAACCUGCAGAAGAGUCUCCUGCUGAAACCCCCAAGAAAAAGAAGAAAAAGAAGAGAGUGAAAGAAGAAGCGAUGGAGGUGGAGAUCACAGGUUUACCCACCAUGUUGGAGAGCAACACGACAGAAGAGCUGAGCAGAACAACCAGUGAAGCUAACGGCAAUGAAGCUGGGGAGAAGAAGAAGAAGAAGAAAAAGAAGGAACAACAUAUAAAAGAAGAGGAAGAGGAGAUCGCGCUCUCUCACACGGAGCUGCAAGGCGGCAGUGACUCGAGCGGUUAUCAGAGCGACAAGCCGAGCAAGAAGAGGAAACAUGAAGCUAUGACAGAUGUCACAUCUAGUUUAAGUGAAAAUACUGAAGCUGUAAAACCCAAAAAGAAGAGGAAGAGUGACAUAAAGCAGUUUGCCUAAAAAUCAUCAUUAUAAAUCAAGUUUAUUGUGGGUAACUAACCAGGAAUAUCCUGACGUGCCUUCAGUUUUAAUGAAACAUUCUCCCUCAGGGUCAGACUUGCAGACGGACAAAACUUCACUGAAUUAAUUUGGAGAGUUUAUGGGUAAAAUUCCUGGGAAGAUGUUGGCAAACCUGGCGGAUAAACCCUCAUUGGAGUGCAAUUCCCUUAUACUGCCUGAGGGGGGCACAAAACUGCUUCAUAAAUCUCCACUUGGGUACAGAACCAAAGGAGGGAAACCUUGAGAAAUACACAUCAAUACAUGGUGCUGAGAUUUGACUUUUAAUUUAAAGAGAAAAAUGAGGAAAAUAAAUUCUGUACUGACUUUGGCCUCAUUUGUCCAGCAAACUGACAUGGAUUUAAAAAUCUUAUUUCAUUUUCUACUCGUGCCUCCGACUAAUGAGUUCUGUCUUUAAGUACCAUUUAUAAUAAAGGUAUAAAAUAUAUUUUUAGAACAUUUACAGGAUUCACUCUGCAAUCUGGGGAAGCGUCAUCAUUGACAAAGAAAACGGUGAAAACAAAAAUAUAUUUGUGCUCCCACAUGUUGCAUUGUUAGCAUUCAUGUAAAGCCGUACUCUCUCCCUUUGGCAUAAAAACUGAAAUGGAAAUUAAAUAUUCAAAUUAAAGAUCUAUAUAUUUUGAAA